UCUGAGACGAACCCUUAAAUCUUCAGAGGUGCCGAUGAAGAACUGAGACUAGAAGUAAUUGAUUUAUACUCUGAUCUUCGAAAAUGGCAGCCGCGGAAGAGUCAAAGAUGUCUCCGGCGAAUUCGUUCGGUGCUGUCGUUCUCGGCGGUACGUUUGAUCGAUUACACGAUGGGCAUCGAAUGUUCCUUAAGGCGGCUGCAGAGCUGGCCAGGGAUCGGAUCGUAGUGGGAGUAUGUGAUGGUCCAAUGUUGACGAACAAGCAAUUCACUGAAAUGAUACAACCCAUUGAAGAAAGGAUGCGUAAUGUGGAGAGCUAUGUCAAGUCUAUCAAGCCUGAGCUGGUUGUACGAGCUGAACCCAUUACCGAUCCAUAUGGCCCUUCUAUCGUUGAUGAAAAUUUGGAAGCUAUUGUUGUCAGCAAAGAGACAUUACCCGGUGGCUUGUCGGUGAACAGGAAAAGAGCAGAAAGAGGGCUUUCACAACUUAAGAUUGAAGUUGUGGAAAUAGUUUCUGAUGGAUCAAGUGGAAAUAAGAUUAGUUCCAGUACUCUCAGAAAGUUGGAGGCAGAGAAAGCCGAGAAACAAAAACAACUCGCAGAAGAAAAAUCAUCAUGAACUUAUCAUAUAUAAAAACUCUCAACUUUACUUGUAAUUUAAUACUCUUUCAUAUACUCAAAAUGCUGUAAAAUUGGCUAAGACAUAUCAAUAAAGGUCCAAGCUUUGCAUUCCUUAA